AUGUCGUCUGACUCCGGGUCGCCAGGCACGCCAUCGUCGUCCUCCGGAUGCUCCGACGUUGUUGUGACGCGGGCAAAGCGACGCCCGAUCCCGCGCAAAGGUCACACAAAGUCUCGGGGAGGAUGCGCCAACUGCAAGAAGCGCAAGGUCAAGUGCGACGAGGUCACGCCAGCCUGCGGCGCGUGCCGGCGGCUAGGCUAUGACUGCCUCUACUUUGAGAAUAAGCUUCAAGUUCGGGCCCGGCGAGAGGAGCCGCUCAAGGCGCUGAUCAUCAGCCAAACGCCGGCGAAAUCUCUUAGCUGUGACCCGUCGUGGUUCACGAUGCACGAUAUGCGCUUCUUUCAGCACUUUAUCUUUUCUGCAUACCCUUCGCUGCCAUUGGACGGCUGGGAAAUCUGGCGCGAGGUCUCGCAGAUGGCCCAUGAGUACGAUUUUUUGCUUCACGCCAUGCUCGGUUUAGGCGCGUCGCAUCUCUCAAUCAUUACACCAAACAGCUAUACACAAGCGGCGCUGAAGCACCGCGUCACUGCGUUGGAAGGUUUCAAGAAGUUCAUCUCGACUGCUGGCCAAUCGAGAGAGCAUGCAGAUGCCGCAUUUGCGACUGCUCUCGUUCUUACUUUUCAGGCUACUCAAAUGCGAGAUGGACUGAACGACUUUCUAACCAUGAUUCGUGGUUGUAACCUCAUCGGCACACAUGCUAUGGGACAGUACGAGUCGUCACGAUUUCGAACGUUUGAAAAGGAAUUGUAUCUUCGAAGGCUGACCGAAGUGGUCCCCCUCGAUAAGCCGAUUCCGUAUUUCGACGCCGAGGCAAUCAGAGGUUUCAUGGGGAGCCUUGAGAAUCUCGGCCCGCUGUGCCGAAGCAUCGAGGAAUUGCAAUACUUGUCCAUCAUGCGAAGCAUCGCCACCUCGGCCCUACAGAGUCCAAUGAGCGCAUACUAUGAGCAUACGCGCAUAUACGACGUGUUGUGCGAUAUCGACGCGGAACAAUUUCCUGCUUUCAUCGAUGAGUCAAACUACACGGGGCGCCUUCUCAUUAUGCACAUGAUUGUGCUCGACUAUGUGAUGGGCACGACAAUCCUACAGGAACGACGCCACGAGGCCCCAGCUUCAGUGCCUAGAAACGUGUACGACUACAUCAAGAUGAUGCUCCUGACAUGGACGCAGAGAAUACAAGAAAAACUACCAGAGGAAUACAAACCAUACGGUGCAUGGCCUGUGGCUUUUACGCGCCAAUGCAUUGAUGUUGGAGAGAUGAAGCUGCUUGACAGCGGUGGCGACACAGUGAAGCUGGUUGGGGAAACGUUGCGGGAAUUGAUUCUGUAA